AUGGCCCGUGGCUUACAUUUGUGCUUGGCCUUCGCCGGUAUUGCUUCGGCAGCCUUCACUGGCAACCUCAACUACGAUUCUCCCUCAAAGCAUCAUGCGUCGCUAGGUAUAUCGAUUAGCAAGGUGGCUAAACGGACCUACGGUAGCUCUCCUCAGGAUCCAAACCAGUUGAAUUUCACUCAUGGCAUUGCUUCCGGUGAUCCCUACGACGAUAGCGUCAUCCUGUGGACGAGGGCUGCACCAAGUAGUGAUAAUAAUGAGAGUAAUGUUACUGUCUCAGGCUACGUCCCACUCUACGAUCAUUCGACUGAGCAGUAUGUCGCAAAGAGCAACUCUCCGAUCUGCGUUGAUUGGAAAAUCAGCACUUCGAAAUCAUUCGACCAUGUUAUCAAUUCUGGCAGAGCAUAUACUAGUUCUGAUAUCGACUACACUAUCAAGGCAAAUAUGCUUGCUCUCGAAAAUUCCCAACGAUAUACUAAUGGCCACUAUCAAUUCAAUGUGUGUAAUUCUAACAACAGCUCCCCUAUCGGCCGUACCAAGACGAUUCCCUCUUCCAACGACAAAGUCUCAGAACCCGUGAGACUUGCUGUGUACUCCUGCAGCAAUUAUCCGUUUGGUUUCUUCAAUGCGUACGGUAAUCCGGUUAGGAAGGACUCCGUCGACUACGUGAUCCAUCUUGGUGACUACAUAUACGAGUACGCUAAUGGCGAAUACGGAUGGGGUAAUUCUUACGAUCGAAUUCCACUUCCAGACCGGGAGAUACUCACUCUCUAUGAUUACCGAAAGCGUAUCGCCACAUACAGAACUGAUCUGGAUUUGCUAGCGAGCCAUCAGAACUUCCCCUGGAUAGCUGUAUGGGAUGACCAUGAGGUGGCUGAUAACACCUGGCGUAGCGGUUCAUCUCACAUGAACAAUACUGAGGAGUCAUUCAUAAUGGAUGGUGGCGUAUCAGUUGAUCAACGGAAGAUGAAUGCUGUCAGAGCAUAUUUCGAAUGGAUGCCUAUUCGACAAGUUGACAUGGACGACAAUUUACGGAUAUGGCGUAAAUUUAAAUUCGGCAAUUUAUUCGAUCUUGUCAUGUUAGAUACUCGGCAGUAUGAUCGAGCAAUCACUGAUGUGUAUUGGAAUACCGAAUACUUGGGCGAAAUUUACAACGAUGCUAGCCGGACCCUGAUGGGUCCGCGACAAGAAGCGUGGUUUUAUCGUACGUUGCGUGAGAGUUCGACUCGAGGAGCUACCUGGCGCGUCAUAGACCUCCCCUACAAUUACGACCAAUGGGAUGGAUACCAAGCUAAUCGCAACCGCACGUUUCACGUCAUCUACGAGAACAACAUAGGAAAUAAUGUGUUCCUCGCCGGAGACUCUCAUGCUUCCUGGGUAUCUGACCUCGUGUGGCUUGACGAGCAUCCUUACGAUUCGGCCACUGGAUCUGGAUCAAUGGGUGUUGAGUUUGCUGGAUCUGCUGUGAGCUCCCCAUCCCCGGCCGGACAGAACGUCACGUUAGACGCCGCCAUGUCUUAUUCGGAAAGGUUGACAGCUGCAAAUGCUGAGCUCCAGUGGCAAGAAUUAUAUUACCGUGGGUAUUACGAGCUAUAUAUUAGCCACGAAAAGGUUGACGCCUCAUUCUUCGGUAUCCCGACCACCACCGUCCGUAACGGAUACGAGAUCCCCUUAGCAAAUUUCACUGUUCUUGCAGGUGAGAAUAAAUUACAUCGAACUAAUGGAUCUCCCGCUGUAGGAAAUAUAGAGACUGGAAGUAUUAAGGGCGGCACCCCCACACAUUCAAACUUGACAUAUGACACAGAGACUAAAACGUGGUUUACAUACACCGGCCUUUAG